UCAGGCGGUGACUGAAAAGUGAGUACUGACGGACGCCUGUGGUCGCGAGCUGAAGACCGCCCGGCCGCCCACUUGAUGCAGGUCGUAUGCCGUGAUGACGAUGGGCAGAGAGGGGAGGAGGCGGCUGCUGUGCUUGAGGUAGUGGAUGAGCGACACACACCGGUCCCAGCAGCCGCCCUCCUCGAUGACGUACAGCAGCCGCAGCAGAUAGCCCACCCUGCCGUCGAUCCGUAGCAGCUCAUGCAUCAGCUCACUCCAGAGCAGACGGCACAAUAGGACCAAGCAGACCGGCGACAAAAUACAGAACAGCCAUGGGAUGACCACAUCGGUGAGCAGUGCACGGCCGCUCAGCUGGUCCAGAGAUUUCUUGUCGCCCAGCAGCACUGAAAACUCGUCGGUCGUGUAGCAGAGCCAUGCGACGUACCAGGCGGUGUAGAUGCCAAGAAAGAGAGGCCCCACGAUGCAGAGCAGCGAUCUGAUGACCUCAACGAUGAGUAUUGGGCGGACGUCCCGGCCUUCGAGCGCUGAUUUCUCCGCGACAUCCUUGCCCAGCUGAUGCACCCAGGAGUCCUCGCUCGACGUCAUCCAGGCGGCGUAGACCCCAGGGAAGCAGAGCAGCACCACAGCACACGCGAAGCACCGCCUGCCGGUCGCCAGCGCCACACGCAGCCCACUCCUGACUCGGCGCUCGAUCGCAGACCACAGAGGGUGAGGGAAGUCGUAGAACGCCACCCAAAACUGCCUGUACGCUCGCACAAUGAAGGACGCCUCACCAAGCAAUCGAACGACCAUUCUUAUCACGGGGAACGGUAUCACGAAGGGCAGAAAGGCGAUAGGUAGCUUGAUGCCCCAGCCGAUAAGAAGGUCGAGAAGAAACUUGAUGCUCCCCUGAACCCACGGCAAUGCAUCCAGCGGCUGCAGCACCCACGGCAAUGCGUCCAGCGGCUGCAGCAGAAAGUCAAUCGGCGGCACGAUCACACCGAAGAUACCGGCCCAGACCACAAUAUAAACCACAAACAGAAUGCCCACACCCACGGUAACUUGAGUGAGAGUGAAAGCCACACUGAUAAUGGCCGCGAUCCACUGCAGCAGGACCAGCAGGACAGUCUCGCAGCGCUUGUGGUACGUCAGCACUCCACUGAGGCCCUUGUCGCGAAUGGCAGCGUCGAGGCGGUCCGUCAGGUAGGUCUCGCUGACCAGCUGGGAGCCGACGCUCUUGGAUGAGGCUCGGAGGGGGCCGCAGUCGUCGGCGGUGAGGGAGUCCAGCAGUUGCCUCUCCACAUCCUCAGGCAAACCGACCAACCAACACCUACCGGGGACCGACUGACAUUCGCACAAACACAUGGCCCACGUGACAUACCCAGUGGAUUCAUGUGUGGUGCUGUGUGGGUGCUCACUCACCGUUGGUGCCCCUAUUCCGCUACUCGCCAUCAGUUCCCGACAGCUCUCUAUCUCCUGCACCACAUACAUAAGUACACACGGAAUGACAGCGUGCUGUUGGUGUUUGUGUGUUCGUCGUGCUGCCAUGGCAUGGGCAACAAGUGUGUUGCGUACCGGCGAAGGUCCGACAGAAGACAUGGGUCACAGACCACGUAUCAUCUGUUCAAUGACCACACUCCAGAGCCAGAUCCAGCCAGCCGUGUCAAAUACGCGUCUGCCAACAACAGCUGCCAUCAAACG